AUGGCCGACUGCGCGGCGACCGCACCACAGCUGGCUUGGACAUGGCUUGAGGCAGCCACAGAAGAUGUCGAGCUGGGGACGACGCCGCCCUUGGCCAAGCGGCCUUUUCGUGAGCCAACAGCCCUAGCGCAGGGCUUGCAGCGUGGUGGACAAGCGUGGGCUGAACAAUGUGCCGAAGCCAUUGCGCUCGUCCUGCACCUGGCCCUGCAGAACCCCGAAGAGCACGGGCACAGAAUGGCCCACGUCGAGCGUGUUUUGACUCACCUGGACCGCGCCGUUCGUGCACGCCCGGCCCUCCAAGACACCGUGGCACAGCUUCAUCGUCGUCUCCUCCAUUGCCAACCGUAUGCCCUUCGGUGUCUCCAACGUACCCAGCACGAGGCCCCCCACCAAGCCCACCUUGCCCUUGCCCUGCUCAGCCCACCACAGCCCUUGCCCCAACUGGCCGAGGAUCAGGUCACGUCCUUGACCCUGGCCGCCGGCAACUGGCUCGAUGACAUUAGUCCAGAGCAACUCCAACACCUCGUCCUGCUAUGGAUUCGCGGAGACGUGGCGGCCCUGCAGCGCCGUCAUGCCGCUCUUUUCGGCCCCAUUCUCCUCGACGAUACUGCCCAGCGCCUCAGACACCUCGCCCCAGCCCUCGCCCCGGCCCUUAAACAAGCCCCGCCCGAAAGCCCGGAGCAAGCCUCCAGUCCACGUCACCGCUGGAUUGUUCAACAAUGCCUCUGGGCCCUGGAUAAUGAUCAAAUCAACGCGCUUUCCCGCGCCCUGUCCCUCCUCCUUUUUGCGCUCGAACCUUCCCUCGCAGAAAUGCAGCUUCGGGGCCUGAUACGAACCCACGUGGCCACACGCAGCGCCAUUGUGCGCCUCGCCCGUGCCCUAGAACUUGCCGUCCCCGAUCUCGCCUCAUCCCAUAUCAAGAUUUGCCGGCAGGCGCUCGAGAAUUUUGAUACACACGUCUACUUGCAAUUCAAGGAUUUUCGAGCUCUAGCCGUGAGUCGCUUUCGUGACUUGGAGGAGCGUGAGACCGCCGCAGGCUUUCUGCAGCGCCUGCUCCAAGAGCUGGCCGAAGCCCCCGACGUGCUGCCCCAGUUUGCGUUUAGCCUCGCUCGCUUCAACCGACAGCUUUACAAGCAAACGUUGCUUCCCAUGAUCCUACGCUCAGCUCGUCGCGAAGCAGCCUCGGGCUCUGAACAAGGUCAUCUCCUCAACCUGUUGGUGGAUCACCUUCGUCGUCACAAACUGGUUGAUGCCGCCGCCGUCCUGCUGGCCCAAAGCCCCCGCUCCAGCCCUCGUCGAGCACGCUCAACGGGAGCAAGUCGUGAUGUCGCCACCGACUCCGGCUCGACACAAGCGAGCACGGGUGUUGAUGAAUGCGAGGGGAAUGAAGCUUCUCCUCCGCCGCCGCCCGAUGUAACCCCGGAGAGCUUUCAGUUGGGAACCUCACUUGUCCACCAAGCGCAGACACGAUGCCUUCGAUACAUCGCCCGCAUGGGUCUGGAUCAGUACGCUGUGCUGGAGGCCUUGGCACAAGGUCAAGCCAAAUGCACUCAGCACGCUCGAGAUACUCAAGACCUGCCAUCGGCUCAGUGGUGGUUUGAGCUCAGCUCGAGGUGCCCUCUGUUUCAGCCAUCCAUCGCCAUUCCCGUUGCACUCAACCUUGAUCGACUCUCGCUGGAACAGGCGCAAGCAGCCGGCUUGAUGCAAGCCAGCAACCUCCUCCAAGCUCACCCGCCUGUGGUGGUUCGCACCAGUUGGACCUCUCGACAAGCUGAAGGCUAUGCCUUGGUUUUUCUGCUGCAUGUCGCCACGGCCCCCGCUGGCGGUUACGAAUGGGCCACCAAACCAGCCCACCACAUUGACACUUUGGCUCGCAUGUUUUGCAUGCUGGCAUUUAACGUGGCACGUGGCCGUUGGUCAGAGCCACUCUUCAACGUGCUAAAGCUCCUGCCGACUGUGGCGCUGGUGCGGCUUCGUGCUCUCACGCUUUGUCCUCAAAUGCUUAAACUCUGCGCACACCGAUGCUCAGAGUCACUACCCUUGACGCAACAACGGCACAUACUGCAGCGCAUGCUACAUCUUUUGCGGGCAGACGCCCCUACGGCCCCCUCCACCGUCCCACCAGCCGUUACAAGCCCACCAAGGCCAUAA